AUGGCUGGCGGAGGCUUUACCACCACCGGCGGCAGCGGCGGGAAAGAUUUUGAAGCAAAAAUAACUCCGAUCGUCAUCAUUUCAUGCAUAAUGGCUGCCACCGGAGGCCUUAUGUUUGGAUAUGACGUCGGCGUUUCAGGUGGUGUGACAUCCAUGCCACAAUUCUUGAAGAAGUUCUUUCCAGAAGUGUUUAGAAAGACAGUGGAAGAGGAAGGUGUAAACAGCAACUACUGCAAAUACGACAAUGAAGGGCUGCAGCUGUUCACGUCGUCUCUGUACCUUGCGGGUUUAACGGCAACCUUCUUCGCGUCGUAUACCACUCGAAGGUUGGGUAGAAGACUCACCAUGUUAAUAGCAGGCUUAUUCUUCAUCGGUGGAGUUACCUUUAAUGCUGCUGCUCAAAACCUUGCCAUGCUCAUCAUUGGCAGGAUCUUACUUGGUUGUGGUGUUGGUUUUGCAAACCAGGCCGUGCCAGUUUUUCUUUCUGAGAUCGCACCUUCAAGAAUACGUGGAGCAUUGAAUAUAUUGUUCCAGCUCAAUGUCACCUUUGGCAUUCUCUUUGCUGAGCUAGUCAACUACGGCACCGACAAAAUCAAAGGUGGGUGGGGUUGGAGGGUAUCUCUGGGUUUGGCUGGUAUCCCAGCACUGCUCCUUACCUUGGGAGCUUCAUUGGUGGUGGACACCCCAAACAGUCUCAUUGAGCGUGGUCGCUUUGAAGAAGGAAAAUCUGUUCUGAGAAAGAUUCGUGGCACUGACAACAUUGAACCUGAAUUCUUGGAACUUGUUGAGGCAAGUCGUGUGGCUAAUGAAGUGAAACACCCUUUCAGGAAUAUCCUCAAACGCAGGAACCGACCCCAACUUGUCAUUUCCAUUGCCCUCCAGAUUUUUCAGCAAUUCACUGGCAUCAAUGCCAUCAUGUUUUAUGCUCCAGUUCUUUUCAACACAUUGGGAUUCAAGAAUGAUGCUUCCCUCUACUCUGCUGUGAUUACUGGUGCUGUUAACGUCCUCGCAACUAUGGUCUCAAUCUAUUCAGUGGACAAACUUGGACGUCGAAUGCUGUUAUUGGAAGCUGGUGUUCAGAUGUUCUUUUCUCAAAUGGUGGUAGCGGUUAUACUAGGAUUCAAGGUUAAAGACCAUUCUGAGGAUCUCUCAAAGGGUUUUGCAGCGUUGGUGGUUGUUAUGGUGUGCAUUUUUGUUUCUGCAUUUGCAUGGUCAUGGGGUCCUCUUGGUUGGUUAAUCCCUAGUGAGACAUUCCCAUUGGAGACUCGUUCAGCAGGGCAAAGUGUCACUGUCUGUGUCAACUUGCUCUUCACAUUUGUCAUUGCACAGGCCUUCCUCUCUAUGCUUUGCCACUUCAAGUUUGGCAUCUUCUUUUUCUUCUCUGGAUGGGUCUUGAUCAUGUCCACCUUCGUGCUUUUCCUGGUCCCCGAGACCAAGAAUGUCCCCAUUGAAGAGAUGACAGAGAGAGUGUGGAAGCAACAUUGGUUGUGGAAGAGGUUUAUUGAAGAUGAUUAUGUUAAAGAUGAGAAAGUAGCCAAUGAUAAAGGCUUUGAUCCGGCUUCUCAGCUGUAA